AUGCCCCUACCUGAAGGCAAUACAACUUAUUUUAUGCUUUUGUUUGGGCAAUACCACUUGGGAAGAGGUCACAUAGGUGUAUCUAUUAAAGCAAAGCUUUACCGUCUCUUGGAACAAAGAUCGGCUACAUGCCCAUAUUUUGUUAUUCCUUUGUGGAGAGGAAGUGGAUAUACCACCAUGUUUAUGCAAGUCCAGCUGCCACACAUGAUCUUCACAGGGCUUGAAGACUACAAAGCAAGAGGAACUCAAGCAAGCCCUUACUAUACAAUCACUCAUUUCACAGAGUUUGCAGAAACCAAGGAUACAGUGCUUGUCCGAGGAGACGUUGUCUUCACCAGCAAACUAACCGAUGCAGAGGCGAAGUGUCUUUUAGUGACCGCGCACUCCUUCUACCUGAACGAUGUGCGGUACAAGCUCGUGGAGCGUUUCAACAAGGAAACACAUGAUUUCGAGUUCAAAGACGUCCUUCAGGCGCUUGAAAUGCCGUCCAUGUGAGCAGAGAUGUCAAGCCAU